AUGUCGAACAUAGUUGGAAUCGAGUACAAUCGGGUCACAAAUACGUCUCUGACGGAUUUCCCUGGCCAUUCUGCCGAAGACCAUGCAUGGGACAUUGAGAAGUUCAAGCGGACCUUCGAUAUUGAUAUCAAGUACAUUGCUGGAAGAAAUGCAAACUUUGACUUGCGCCAUAUUGACACCUCGAUCGCCAAUGCGUUUCGUCGUAUUAUGAUUGCAGAGGUGCCUUCUGUUGCUGCAGAGACCGUUUAUGUUUUCAACAACACUUCUGUCAUUCAGGAUGAGGUGUUGGCACACCGUAUUGGACUUAUUCCUUUGAAUGUGGACCCCGAUGCGUUGGUGUGGAUUGAUCCUGCUGCAGACGAGGCCGAGCGCUUCAAUGACACAAACACCAUAGUCAUGUCGCUUGACGUCUCUUGUACCAGAAACCCUCAUGCUCCAGCAGGUACCACAGACCCUAAGUUGCUUUACCGUAACUCCAGUGUCUAUGCGAGAGACUUGAAGUUCGAGCCCCAGGGCCGCCAGGCCGAGCUUUUCAAGGACUCCCCAGUGGUUCCUUGUGACCCUGAUAUCUUGUUGGCCAAGUUGCGUCCGGGACAAGAGAUCUCGUUGCGUGUGCACUGUGUUUUGGGAGUAGGUAGUGACCACGCCAAAUUUUCCCCAGUUGCCACUGCAUCGUACCGUUUGAUGCCUGUUAUUGACAUUUUGGAGCCGAUCUCAGGCGAACAGGCGGUAAGAUUCCAGAAGUGUUUCCCAUCGGGCGUGAUUGGCAUUGAUGAAAAAGGAGAGGCAUAUGUGGCUGAUGCCAGAAAAGACACCGUUUCGAGAGAAGUUUUGCGCCACGAAGAGUUUUCGGGCAAAGUCAAGUUGGGACGUGACAGAGAGCACUUUAUUUUCAAUGUGGAGUCGACUGGAGCGAUGUCGCCUGCAGAGAUUUUUCUCAAGUCCGUCCGUGUCUUGAAGAACAAGGUGGACUACUUACGUAACUGUCCUGUAGGACAGUAG